AAAGUGCAGGAAGUCAUUGAGCUCCUAGGGUUUUAUUUUUCGCGAACAGGGAAGAAGCUGCUGCCGCCGCCAUGGUGCUCAAGACCGAGUUAUGCAGAUUCAGUGGCCAGAAGAUUUAUCCUGGAAGAGGAAUUAGAUUCAUCAGAUCUGACUCUCAGGUCUUCCUGUUUGCAAAUUCCAAAUGCAAGAGGUACUUCCACAACAAACUGAAGCCCUCAAAGCUUACAUGGACUGCAAUGUACAGAAAGCAACACAAAAAGGACAUUGCUCAAGAAGCUGUGAAGAAGAGGCGUCGUGCCACCAAGAAGCCAUACUCCAGGGCCAUUGUGGGAGCCACCCUUGAAGUUAUUCAAAAGAAAAGAAGUGAGAAACCAGAAGUUCGUGAUGCAGCUAGAGAAGCAGCUCUUCGUGAAAUUAAGGAGAGGAUUAAGAAAACUAAAGAUGAGAAGAAGGCAAAGAAAGCAGAGGUGGUGUCAAAGCAAAAGGGUCAAGGAAAGACAGGUGGCAAUGCCCCAAAAGGCAAGGGGCCUAAACUUGGAGGUGGUGGUGGAAAGCGUUAAAAGUAUUUGGUAUUUAUUUACUAGAUAUUUUUAUUAUUAUUACAUGUUAGACAAGAUUUUGAGUGUUUUGUAUUUGUUUUUGAGGUGUUUCUAAUUAUUCACAAGAUUUGUUUUUGUGAAAUUUGAAGUGGUCUAGUCUCUUGAUUUU